AUGGACCAGCGGCAGCAGUCUAACAAGGCUCACAGAGGAGCCUCGAAAAAGACGGGAGCAAAGAAGAAGCUACAUCAGAGUGGUAACAACGCCAAGGCAUUUGCCGUUGCUGCACCCAGGAAAUUGGAGCGCAUGGCACGGCGGUCUCAUGAUGUCAACGAGAGGAAAUUGCAUGUGCCGAUGGUGGACCGUACUCCCGACGACGAUCCGCCCCCAGUGAUAAUUGCCGUUGUUGGCCCUCCGGGGACGGGCAAGUCCACGUUGAUCAAGUCGCUCAUUCGAAGAUUGACCAAGACCACGUUGACGGAAAUUAAGGGACCCAUCACCGUCGUGAGUGGGAAACGAAGAAGACUCACGUUUAUUGAAGUCAACAACGACUUGAACUCAAUGAUCGAUACCGCCAAGGUCGCCGACCUUGUUUUGAUGUUGAUUGAUGGGAAUUACGGGCUCGAGAUGGAGACGAUGGAGUUUUUGAAUAUCGCCCAGCACCACGGCAUGCCGCGGGUUCUUGGAGUUGCCACCCAUUUGGACCUUUUCAAGUCCCAGUCCACGUUGCGAACUUCCAAGAAAAGAUUGAAGCACAGGUUCUGGACCGAGGUAUACCAAGGCGCCAAGUUAUUCUAUCUUUCGGGAGUCAUCAACGGACGUUACCCCGACCGAGAGAUUUUGAACUUGAGCCGAUUCAUCUCAGUCAUGAAAUUCAGACCAUUGAAAUGGAGAAACGAGCACCCGUAUUUGUUGGGGGACCGAAUCACCGAUUUGACGCACCCGCAGUUGAUUGCAGAAAACCCCAAGUGCGAUAGGAAAGUGGCGAUAUACGGAUACCUACAUGGAACCCCGUUGCCUUCGAGCCAAGCCAAGGUGCACAUUGCUGGAGUGGGAGAUUUUACAGCCUCGGCCGUGGAAAAGUUGCCUGAUCCGUGCCCGACUCCGUACUUUGAGCAAAAAUUAGAGGAGUUGGAAAGAGAACGAAUCAAAGCAGCAGCAGAACUGGGCGAACCGUUGGCCAAGACCACAAGGAGAAGAAAGAGAUUGGAAGAUAAACAAAAGAUCAUUUAUGCGCCAAUGUCCGAUGUGGGCGGUGUGCUCGUUGACAAGGACGCAGUUUACAUUGAUGUCGGCAAGGAAAGCUUCAACCCGGGUGCCAAUGAAGAUGGCGAGAUCAGGGGUGAAGGUGAGUCCAUGGUCACCAAUUUGCAAGAGGUGGCAAAGACCAUGAGUGAAAGAUACGAGGACGGCCCCGGUUUGCAGUUAUUUUCAGACUCCAGGGCAUUGCAAGAUCUUGGCGAUGCUGAGGAAGAUGAUGAAGAGGACGACGAUGAUGAUGAGGAAGAGGAAGGAAUCUUGUCUGCUGACGAAGAAACCAUUGUAAAUACAGGUAGAACAACGAUGAGAAACGCGAGACUUUACGGAAAAUCCGUUUCCGAAGAUGAUGAGUUUGACGACGUGGAAUCUGGAGAUGAGGAAGAAAAAGAAGAAAAAGAUGGGUAUACACAAGAAGGCCGUCCACGAUUUGAGCACAUUGAUUUUGAGGAGGACCAUCGGGCUCACAAAGGCCGAGACGAGUUUGAGUACGUUGAAGAUUCUGCUCUUUCAUCAGAUGAAGAUGCAGGCGACGGCGAAGGCCACGGCCAAGGCUCGUACCACGCUACUGCUGCUAGACUAAGAGGCGCAAAGAAAAGAUGGGACAUCAACAAGUUGAUCUAUAUGACCAAUGUGGACCCUGCAGAUGCCAUCAGAAGGUGGAAGGGAGAAGGCGACGGCAACGACGAUGAUGAAGAAGGAGAAGAGGAAGAUAUUGAGCAAGACGACGCAGAUUUCUUCAAAAAGAUCGAUAGAAAAGAGGCCAAUGUGGACUUGGAUAAUCUGAAGCCGUCCUUUGCGCCUCUUGAAGAGUUGAAAUCGCGAUUCUCUCAGAAGUUGCUUGAUGAUAGUGAUGACGAAUACGAAAAUGGGUACGCGAUCCUCAAGAAAAGGUUGCUCACUGCACCAAAGCUUGGAGAUGACAAUAACGGCGAGGGUAACGGUAACGGUAACGGUGAAGAUGAAGAUGAAGAUGAAGAAUUGUAUGGUGAUUUUGAGGAUUUAGAAAAUGGUGAAGCGGGGGAAGCCGAGGAGGCCAAGGAAGCCAAGUCCAAGGAUAAAGACAAUGAUGACUUUGCAGAUUUUGAUGCUGAGGAACGCAAGGAAGGUGACAGUGAAGAGGAAAAUAUCAACGAAGAAGAGUUGUCGGUUGAGGAGAGACGUCGUUUAAAUGCUGCCAAGAAGGCCCAGCUCCGAACACAGUUUGAGGAAGAAGAAGAUCGUGAAUUUGGCGCUGAUGAUCCUGAAGGAGACACCGAGGCGGAGACAUGGUACGAGUUCCAAAAGAACAAGAUGGCCAAACAGUUGGAAAUCAACAAGGCCCAGUAUAGCGAGAUGGACGACGCUCAAAGGAUAAAAAUCGAAGGUUACCGCGCUGGUUCCUAUGUCAAGAUUGUUUUCAAUGAGUUGCCCUGCGAGUUUGUGGAGAGCUUCAACCCUGCAUACCCCCUCGUUCUUGGCGGAUUAUUAGCCACAGAGUCCAGAUUUGGGAUCAUGAACGCCAGGAUCAGACGACACAGAUGGCACAAGAAGAUUUUGAAGUCGCAGGAUCCGUUGAUAUUGUCACUUGGAUGGCGAAGAUUCCAAACCUUGCCCAUCUACACCACUUCGGACUCAAGAACAAGAAACAGGAUGUUGAAAUAUACUCCCGAGCACGCCUACUGCUUUGCCUCGUUUUAUGGACCACUUGUGGCUCCCAAUACCACCUUUGUCGGAUUCAACAUUGUUGACAACAAGUCCACCACGGGUGCGUUCCGUGUUGCUGCCACGGGUAUAGUUGAAGAUAUCAACUCUUCAGUGGAAAUCGUCAAGAAAUUGAAGUUGGUGGGCCACCCAUACAAGAUCUACAGAAACACGGCCUUCAUCAAGGACAUGUUUUCCAACGCUUUGGAAGUUGCCAAAUUCGAAGGUGCGCAAAUCCGAACCGUUAGUGGUAUCCGAGGCGAAAUCAAAAGGGCGCUUUCUAAACCAGAUGGAUAUUUCAGGGCGACUUUUGAAGAUAAAAUCUUGAUGUCCGACACCAUAUUCUUAAAGACGUGGUACCCCAUCCAAAUCAAGAAAUUCUACAACCCAGUGACAUCGCUAUUGCUCAACCACCACUCGGAAUGGAAAGGGAUGAGAUUGACAGGCCAAGUGAGGGCCGAGAACAAUAUACCUACUCCAUUGCAAGACGACUCCCAGUACAAGAAAAUCGAUAGAGUAGAGAGGAAGUUUAAUCCACUUCGCGUUCCAAAGUCAAUCAGAAGCGAUUUACCUUUCAAGUCCCAAAUCCACGAAAUGAAGCCGCAAAAGAAACAAACGUAUAUGAACAAGAGAGCCGUGGUGUUGGGCGGCGAGGAGAAGAAAGCUCGCGACUUGAUGCAAAAGAUUGCAACUAUCCGCAGGGAAAAGGAUACCAAGAGGAAAUCUAAAAAGGGGGAAAAAUUCCAGGAAAAAUUGAAAAAGAUUGCCAAGACUGAGGAAUUGAGGAAAGAGAAGGAGAAAGAGCGCAAGAAGGAUUAUUUUGCGAAAGAAGGAAAGAAGAGGAAGAUCUCUGGCGACGGCAAUGGCGGUGGUUCCAAUAAAAAAAGGCGGUAG